CUCGACCACAUCUCAAAAAGCGAAAGUCCAUAUUAAUCCAUUUUCAAAACCUGCCAAACACGAUUUUAAGACUCUGAACUUGCAGAAAUUAAGAAAGACUUGCCAAAUUUUUAUGUGUGAAAAGAUGUAAAAGAGAUACAAAAACACAUCAUGGAUAAAGAGAAACAAACCAAAUAGUUGACGUCCUUUUUGGUGAAUGUAUGGGUUCAUUACAGAGAUCAUCUUAUUCAUUCCGGCGACAAGGAUCUUCGGGCAAGGUUUGGGAUAGACUUCCUGAACGAGAGAUGAAUAAGGUUGGUCAUGGACAAUGUGUGAAUGCAGCCAAUGAUUUCGAAAUCAAUCAACACAACAGAUUCAGCCACGAGAUCGAUGACGACCGUUUAAGUUCUUCCCCUGUUAGUGCCACAAAUGCAGCUGGAACAAAGGUGAAUUCUGGCGGUAUUAAGGGUCAAAGAUGUUCUCUUGGGGCUAUCUUUGGACGAUGUGCUGGUUCUCCUGCAACUUAAAGACUCAUAUUCUUUGUAAUCCAAAAUUUUUGUCCUGGGAUCCGCUACAUUCAAUCAAUCUUAAUAUUACAGGAUUCAGUUGUAUUCAUUUCCAAUUUGGUUUAAUCAUUGUGUAUAAAGUACUGUAAUCAUUGUUUUUGGUGAACCAAUAUUUUAUCUGGAGUUCUCCUCAUUCAACUUUCUGCAUAGCUUAAUGUUAUUUUGUACUGC